AUGCUCUCCACCUUCUUACCCACACUUUUUGCCCUGAUCUUAGUCAGCCUUUCCACUUCAACUCUAGCUUUGACCCUCCCAAGAUUGACCCCUCGCUACGACUCUCUCAUUUCCACACGCGCUUCUUUCGAGACUUACACCGCCCAUCCAAAACUGUUCACCACACCUGCAACAACGCCUUCUGAUUCCAAGGCCGAGACGAACCACCUACCAGUUUACAAAGUGACAAAAUCCCAAUUCGAAGGCAUCCUCCGCCAGACCUUCCACAUCGAUUUCCGCCUCCAAGUCGUCUCUGACUCUAACAAACAAGCGGACGAGAACGAGAAUGCGAGCGAAGAACGCGAGGUACUGGGCGAGAUACCAGUCCAGAUCACGAUCCACAACCUCCGUCUCGGUGGCCUGUCCGCACCCCAAGUCCAUUCCCAGACCUUGAACGGGCAACGCGGUCCCAUCAACUAUGGCAACAUCCGCACCUAA